UAUUAAAAGAUCCCUUUCAAAUGUGCUUCAGAUCAUUUGGGUCACUGACUGUUUUACUGUAAAACAGACUUGAACAAUUGUGACCCUGUCCUUUAACUGUAAUGCUUGGACUAACUGCGUCCUAAAUCUGGCACAACUAGCUGCCAGAUGCCUCAUGACUCAUGAUGUCCCAGAACUUAAGCUUAGGUCACUGGGCCAAAACUAGCCUGCAUGAGACUCAGCUCCCACAUAACCAAAUCUGUCUGCAUAUACUGUAAGAACCAAAUAUUGUUAAAGGAUUAUUUUGUAGCACUGGUGGAGCCAGAAACAGAUCAUUGUUGGUCGUCCAAGCUUGCUGGUUUGCAAGUAGGAGCAAAGACAACUCCAAUAAUUCACUGACUAGUUCACCAAUAGCAUGCUAACCCCAUCUGUUGAGCUUACCAUGACCUUUUCAAGUGAUGGUGGUUCCACUGAUUGUGACCAUUAACCCCUGAUAAUGGAUUGCUAUCAGUAUCUGCUGUAGUUGAGGUAGGCCUAAUAGUAUUGCUGCAAUAGGAUGAUACUGACUCAACAAUGGAAAAUCCUUGCUUACAUGGUCCUCACUGAGGUGUUGUAAUAUCUUGAACACAUCUUAAGUGAAAUAGUUGAGACAUGUCGACUUGGCCAACAGUCCAGUAAGAGAAACACACACUUCAGUUGGUUUAACAAAACCAGGAGCAGACAGACGCAGAUCACUGUGACCUGUCGUCUGUGUCAGAAUGGCAGGAAAUUCCGUCAUGUUUAUUGGUGGAUGCGUCAUUCUCCUUGCUUUUCCAAUAGUACAGAUCUCUUUAGGUGCAGUGUACAUAUAUGAGUGUCCAGUGGCACCAGUUAUCCCAGUGUACAUGAUGGUGUAUGGGAUAUUGGCCCUGCUUGUGAUGGGCCUGUUUGUUUUGCCGAAGCUCCUCUGUCCAGCAUGGCCUGGCAACACCAUCUGGACUCUGUCGAUCCUCAACCUGCUCCUGUUGUACUUUAUCGUGUUCAUUUAUGGUAGUUACGUGAUUUAUUCUAUAUAUCCACCCAACUACAACAAGAACGCCACGGACCCAAACAGCAACUUUUCUGCACCUGAUAACAAGCUCAGCCUUACCUUGAAGAACCAGAACCAGAUCCUUCCGAACCUCAACCAGACUUGGAUUGCCAACAACAACCAGACUUCAAGGAAACUGAUCCAAAGUUUGGCCCUCAGCAAUAAGGCAAAUGUAGAGCACCUCAACCCUCCACAAGCACGUCAGGUCAUGCCUGCAAUGCUUCACUGUGACCAAACUGUGUACCUAUUUGCUUUCUGGACCACCACAGUUUAUGUGUUUGCAGGAAAUGCUCUAGUGACGCUCAUCUGCUUAUAUGGUCUCAUGAAAAUGACAAAUAUGCUUUCAGAGCGUUUCACAAUCUGAGCAGAGCUUUCAGAGAUGAGAUUUCAGACUUUUAACCAUCAUGUUCAAAAACUCUAAUGCAAAAAAUGUAAAUGAUUAAAUGAUGAAAUGUCAAGACUAGGACAUUUCACUUUUUAAUAAUGAUA